GUAAACAAAAGAAAUUAUUAAUUAAAUUACUAUUUUUAUAAUCAGGAAAGAAUAUUUAAGUUAUCAAAUGAAUUACUUUGAAGACAGUCUGAAUGUUUAGAUAUCAUUAGCUGAUGCGAAUUUGGGAUAUUUAAAUAGUUCAGGAGUAGCUCCUGCAGGAGGAAAUUCAAAUAAUAGAUAGGCAAGUAAAUAAAAUAAUGUAAUAAGGGUGGAGAGCUGUAAUGGCAAUAAAUUAUUAGAUAAUAUUCCAAAAUAAAUGUACAAUAAAAGAGCCUAGUCAGUUGAAACUCGCACUGUGAGUUAGCGCAAUUAAAAUGGUGCAUUAGGAAGUAUUUUAAACAGUCUUAAUUAGCAUUCUGAUUUAGAAAAUGAUUUUUCUCCCAAUAUUUAAGGUGGGAAUGCUAGAGUUGAUAGCAAAAAUUUUUAAAAAGAGGCGUAUAUGAAUGGCGCUGAUAAUUUUUCAUCUUCAUUUGCAGAAUAAUAAUAGUUAAAAUUCUAGUAAAUGAGAAGCCAAUUAAACACACCAACUUUUGGGGAGUGAAGAAAAAACAAAUGUUCUUUUUAGAAAGACAACCAAAACCACAAAUUUUAAGCAUACAAUCACCACAUAAAUGGGCUCAGUAAUUAGCCCCAAUAUCAUCAUUAAAUACACGUUGUUGGUUCGGGCUCCUCAACUAACUCUGGAGCUAGAAGCAUUAAUAGAGCAAAUAUAGACUUUACUAAUAAUAUCAUGUAUUUUUAGAAACCUGAUAAUUAUAAUAUACUUCUUAAACACCCUAAGAUUUCAAAGAAAUCACCACUUUUUGAUAAAUUUAAUCUACCUAAAUCCCCUAUAAAUAUCAACGGAAAGAAAAAUUAAUUAAACACAAGUGCUGUUAAUUAAUCCUUUAGUCAUUAAAUAUAACCAAAAAGCAGGGAAGAAUCUUUUUCGCCAAUCAUGUAUAUUAGAGGAAAUAGCAAUGGUUACACAGGAAAUACAAUAAAUACUCUAAUGACAUAGCCAAACAAUAACAAUGAUAUUUUAGCUGAAAAUAGACUUAACAGUGAUGCAGGCUUACCUUUAAUUUAACCAUACAAAGAAAAAUUAACUAAUUAGUACAUAGAAUAAAAUUAUAUAAACAAUCUUACUUAGCAAUAAAAAGUGUACAAUUAAUAUUAAUCCCAACCACCUAGUCAUUCUUAAAAUGUAUCCCUAGAAAAAGAAAAAACUGUAAAUUAUAAUUUAAUAAAGUUGUCUGAUUUAAAUACUAACCACUACAAAACAAAAGUGUCUUAAUCUCAUUAAAAGAAUAGCACACUAGUAAAUAAAAAGUAUGGGGCAAUAUCUAAUAUAAAUAAUAAAAAUAAUGGAAACUACGAUAAUAAUUUAAAUGUUAUAAGUAGUACAUCAUAGGUUAUUGGAAACAAUUAAAACAUUCUAUAAAAACAAUAACAAACUAGUGCAAUAAGUAAUAUAAAUACUAAUAGAAAUAAUAUACAUCCUUCAUCAACUACUUAAGUAGUUGAAGAAAUAAUAAAGAACGGGUCUUUAGUAUAAAAUUCUAAUUAAAUAAACAAACAGAACAGCUCAAGCAAUCCAAAUAGUAAUUUUUAAAGUAAAGCCGAAUUAUAAAAAAUUGAAACAACACCUUUAUUAGAAUAAAACGCAACUUUUAGCUAAAAAUAAAUAGAAACUCAUUUAUAUAGUCAGGGAGAUAUACUUCUUAGCCAAAUCGAUUUAGAACCUUUAGGUGGGAACGAUAAUAAAAAGUAUAAUAGCUAAAUGGGGAGUUUCAAUAAUUUGGAUGAUUAACUUAUGAUAUUCAACAAGGAUAAGCUCUUUUUAAAUUAAAAUAGCAAUAAUCUUAGUAUGAAAGGAUCUACGUUAAAUAUUCAAUUUAUGAAUAACAGUUAUAAUAAUGCUGACUUAUUAUCUAUAAAUAAUGACAUACUUUCAGUUUGUAAUGAUAAAUUAUCACUUUACGAAACAGCUUCGUAAGGAAAUACUGUCUAUUUAAAUAAUAAUAACAAUAAUUAUAUACUCAAUUAAAAUGAUAGUAGCUCUUUUUUAACAAGAUCUAUGUGUGAUAAUUGUACCUUACCAAAUGUGAAUAUGCUAAGCUAGGUUUCAGAUGGUUUAGACUCUUCUACACUUCCUAGCUCAAUGCACUAUGCCAAUUAUUUAUAAAAUAACUUAAUACAGAGAAGGAAAAACUCCAAAUAAAUUUCAGACGAUCUCUUAGGAAACAGUAAUUCCCAUAAUAGCACAACUUUAGAUGAAACAAAACCCUAAUAAAUAUUUUCAGCAUUUCCCCAAUAAAGGAGAAACUCCUUCCGUAAAAGAAAUGUUUAUUCAGUUCAUUAGCCCCACCAUAACUACUAAUUAGCACCUUAGCAAUACAACUAAAAUUAAAUUUAAUCAGAUCGCCGUCAUAAUAACUAGCGUUUAGAAAUAACAGCUUAAUUUUAGUAAGUAGACUAAAAAGAGAGAACAACUAAAGAUAAAUAGCACAUGAAGCUUAGUGAAGUUGUGAACAGAGCUGGAGAAGUGCUGAAUACAAAGUAUCUCUAAGAAGAAAUAAUAAUAGAUUCAAAUGAUAAAAAAAAUUAACCUAUCGAAAAACAAACAAAGAGCUCAGAAAACAGCUUUUAAGAUAAAAAUUUUAGCUUUUUCCAAGCACAAUAACAAAAUGAAAAACAGUAGGCAAGUAAAUAAAUGCUUAAAGACAAAGCUUCGUAGUAAUAAAAUCAAUAACAGUAGUAAAAGUAAUAUAAAUCCAAAGAAGCAAGCAAGAGUGCUCAUUAAACUCCUAAAAAUGUAAACGAUUUAAACUUGCAGAUAUUUUCAUCAGGAGUUAACUCAUAAUUAAACUCAAGGAGAAAUAUUUCUCCCCCAAAAGUACUGCCAGUUAUAUAAAUCGAAAAAGAAAACGAUCACUCAGUAAACAGGAUAGAAUUAGAUUUUUAAAAGUAAAAAAAAUAAACAAAUACAGAGGAGCCAUAAAUAACUAAAUUUAAAGGAAGAAGGUUUAAAUCUAUUGAUAAUCAGAAAAUUAAUAAUAUACUGCCAAAUAAUCUAUCAUCAUACUAGCCUUCUCCUUUUGAAAUAGAAAGCAAAUACAACAAUGAAAAAUGAAAAAUUAUUUACCUAUCUUACUGAAAUUUAGAAAUUUAAAAUGAAAUUAAAACAAAAAUAAGUUAGUUUCUAGUGAAGAUAAAGCAUUUAAACUAGAAUAAUGAUUGAAAAAAAUAAUAAAAUAAAAAAUUUCACCUUCAAACUUCAUAAAUUAAUAAACUGCUUUAUUUAUAAUAUUUUAAAAUUAAUUUAUAUUUAAUCUUAUUCAAAAAUAAGGAAAAAAUUAAUGAUUUAUAAAUUCACUAUUUUUUCUUUAAUUUUGAAUAUCUUUAUUCUGCAAAAAAUAUUUUUAGUAUCAAAAUUAUCUCAAUCAAAAUGAUUAAAAUUCAGAAAAAUAUAAUAUAAAAUAUUUUCAAGUCACUUUGAACCUUAAUACAUGUUUGAUUUACAUGUUUGGUUUACUUGCCUCAUAAGUUUUAUUCCUUUAAAUUUAGGAUAAGUACAUAUUCAAUAAUUUUCUUUUUAAUAUUUUAGUAUAUGAUUAAAAGUGUUAAACAUAAAAAUUUAUAUCAAAAAUGAAUAUUUAAAAGAUUGUUUUAAAUCGUUGUUAGUCUCUAAGAGCCCAACCUGCAUUUUAUUAAAUAAGUAAAUAUAAUUUUUCUGAUAAGAAGGAAGAUCCAUAUGAGAAAAUGUGUAGGGAGCAAAAGGAAAAAAUUAGAAAAAUAGAUGCUGAAAGUAAGAAAAAUCGAGGCCUCAAAGACUAUGUUGUAAUGUCAUCUUUAGCACUUUUUAUGCUCACUACAACUUAUUUCGUUGGUAAAAAGGGUUUAAAUAUAUUGUAAGAAUUUCAAAAUCCAUACAAAAAUAACGAAAAGAAUAAAAAUUGAAGGAUAUCCAAAAAUAAUAAUUUUAUUUUUUGAUUUAUAUACAUGUUACUUUAUUGUUUAUUUAUAGAUUAUUCUAAAUAAAUUACUAAUUUAUAGCUCAAUCAAUAUAUCUUAUUAUGCAAAUAUAAAAUGGGU